GGCCCCCAGCCGGGGCCGCCCCGUCCCUCCCCGCCGGGCCCCGCACCGCGGACAAGCGGCGCCGCCGGGGCCGCGCCCCCCCGCCGGGCACUGAAAAGGGACAGCAGGGGCGGCACAGCGGAGCCACUGGCACCAGUCGCCGAGGGGGGAGGCAGCUGUCGGCUCCGCACCUAGGGAGAGCUCGAACACCGCUCGCCAAGGCGCCCUCUCCUCCGUCAACCUCGGGGAACAGCGGCACCGACGGCCGCGGGACCCCCUCACCGCCCCAGGGCACUAUGACCAUGCUCAAGCUGUCCCUCAUGGCCUUCAGCAUCGUCUUCUGGGCAGCGGGGCUGACCAUGUUCAUUAUCGGCCUCUGGGCCACGGUGUUUCUGGGGAGCUACCUGGAGCUGUCAGCCAACAGCAGCCCCAGUGCCCCUGCCAUCCUCUUGGCCACCGGCGCUGUUGUCAUCAUCUGGGGCUUCCUGGGCUGCUUCGGUGCUGCCACGGAGCACCGGGGCCUCCUGCGUGCCUACAUCGCCUUCCUGACCACUGUGAUGGCAGCCGGGCUGGCGGCGGGGCUGUCGGCGCUCCUCUACCGCCAGAACAUUGCACAGGGAUUCCAGGAAGGACUGCACCAGGCCCUGCUUACCUACGGGAAGGACGAGGGGAUGGCAGAUGCCCUGGAUGCGUUGCAGCGCUCCUUGUCCUGCUGCGGUGUGCAGAGCUACCGGGACUGGCUCACCACACCCUGGGGGCUGGAGCAGAACGGCUCCGUGCCCUUCAGCUGCUGCCAGGCCCGCCAGGGCUGCCACCGCAGCCCGCCUGACACGCGCGGGCUGCACCACGACGGGUGCUUCCCCAAGGUACUGGCCUUCAUCAGCAGCAACAUGUUCUGUAUUGCCACGGCUGCCCUGGGGCUGACGCUGCUGCAGCUCAUAGGCAUCUUGCUGGCUUGCCUGCUGGCUGCCAGCAUCCCUUCCCGACUGAUGGGCAUCACCACCCUGCACUGAGAUCCUCCUGGUCCUGCCUCUUAUCCCCUCUGGUUCUCUUCUUUCCCACAGACCUUGGUGUAUCCCACUGGGAAAAUCAUCUCUUUGUGUUCCCCACUUCCACCUGACCUUCCUCCUCCAGACUCCGUUCCUCCUCUGGAGCCUGUGUCAGGUGCAUCCGUGCUACAGGCAUCUCACAGUCCC